AUGGGACUGUCCAAGGCUAUUGCAGUGAUUCUGCUGACUCUUCCCUUCGCUGGAGUCGGUUACAAAGCAAAGUGGUGUACAGCGUCCCCCGCAGCGCAGGGCGCACUCACAGAAAAGAAGCUGGUCCGCCGUAUUCAGAGACACGACUGGCCACAUACGCGCCUAUUGUCUCUGGCCCUGCGAAAUCACCGGAGCACGCAGUAUUUCGGAGAGAUCUCUGUCGGCACCCCACCUUCAUUGUUCAAAGUCGUGUUUGAUUCUGGCAGCCAUCAGUUUUGGAUCCCUUCAAAAGAGUGCCAGUCUUCCUCAUGCAGAACUCAUUCCCGCUUGGACUGUAGCCGCUCGUCAAGCUGUCGCGACCACGGUAACACUGGGUGGAACGAGAGUGUCGCCGUUACCUUCGGAACCGGGCGCAUCGUUUACCGAAAAGCGUUAGAGACAGUCAAAAUCGGAGAUGUAGUGAUCCCCAGCCAAGCUAUCGGACUCGUGGUUGAUCAGACGGACGAGCCGUUUGCAAAUCUACCGUUUGACGGAAUCGUAGGGCUGGGUGAGUGCUCUCUCUUGUACACACGUGUGCCAUUGUUAAGUGGUUCCCGCUUAGCUGGCUCGACUGAACUCACCGGAGAAAAAGAUUUACUCGAUAAUAUGAAAAACGAGGGUAUUAUAACCGACAGGGUUUUCGCCUUCUACCUGUCCAGACGCAGCGCUUUGGGCGGUGUAAUAAGUUUUGGAGGAUUUGAUCCCAGAUUUGUUCAGCCAGGGAAACCCAUUCAGUGGAUUGGCAUGCUUCCUCAAAAAGGCUGGGCAAUGCCACUGAUCGAUUUCAAAGUCGACGGUGUCAGACUCGAUCUUUGUUUCGACUCUGCUGCGAGCAGAUGCGCAGCUGUUUUAGACACCGGAACUUCUAGCAUUGGCGGACCCAGGGCCGACAUCCAUCAUAUACUCACGAUGCUCGGAGCAGCACCACGCUGCGAACGCAAACUUGCCAUGAAGUCUCUGACUGUCAUAAUCGAACAAGAAGCUGGACGGGAGAUAGAGUUCGAACUGACGCCCGACGACUAUGUAGUUGAUAACCUGAAACCGUCAGAUGAUUCCACUUCAUGCCCCGCGGCAUUCAUGCCUCUGGAGUUGAAGCGACACCCUGUCCGCACCUUCGUUCUUGGUGAGGUUUUCAUCAGAAAAUUCUACGCGAUCUUUGAUCGCGAGAAUAAGAAAAUUGGUGAGUGCACGAAACACCGAAGACACGCGUAUACCUGGGCGUUAUCAUUCCCAUUUCUUUCCAGGCCUUGUCGAAGCUGCUACAGACGCGAAGCCUAG